UUGCUUUUCUUUUUUCUUCCUCCCUCUGCUCCCCCAGUCUUUUAAAGCUGAGUUGCCUCCGCAGAGUUUACCUCUUGGCCAAAGCCACCGGAGACGCUGCUGGUGUCGACUGAGAGGCGCUUCAUCUGGACAAUUUGGAGAGGUCCCAGGAGUUACCUUACCUCCACCAUGACCGAUCGCUUCGACUGCGCCUACUGCCGUGACAACCUGCACGGGAAGAAGUAUGUGAAGAAGGACGACAAGCACGUGUGCACUAAGUGCUUUGAUAAACUCUGUGCCAACACCUGCGCAGAGUGCAAACGUCCUAUUGGUGCUGACUCCAAGGAGCUGCACCAUAAGAACCGCUACUGGCACGAGGACUGUUUCCGCUGUGCCAAGUGCUACAAGCCGCUGGCCUCUGAGCAGUUCAUGGCCCGGGAUGACGGCAAGAUAAUGUGUGGCAAGUGUAGCUCCCGUGAAGAUGGCAACCGGUGCCAGGGCUGCUAUAAGGUGAUCAUGCCAGGAUCCAAGAACGUGGAGUACAAGAACAAGAUGUGGCACGAGGAAUGCUUCAAAUGUUUUGAUUGCAACCAGCCGAUCCACACACAGAGCUUCAUGACCAAGGGUGAUAACUUCUACUGUGCUGCCUGCCAUGACAAGAAGUUUGCCAAAAAGUGCUUCCACUGCAAACAGCCCAUCACCUCUGGAGGGGUCAGCUACCAGGACCACCCCUGGCACUCUGAAUGUUUCGUGUGCAACACCUGCCGUAAACCUCUGGCAGGAGCUCGCUUCACUUCCCAUGAGAACAACAUUUACUGUGUGGACUGCUUCAAGACUGAUGUGGCUAAGAAGUGUCAUGGCUGCAACAACCCCAUCACAGGGUUUGGCCGUGGCACCAAUGUGGUGAACUACGAGUCCUUCUCCUGGCAUGAGUACUGCUUCACCUGCAAGAAGUGCAGCCUCUCGCUGGCCAACAAGCGCUUUGUCAUGCAGGCAGAGAACGUCUACUGCCCCGACUGUGCUAAGAAGCUGUGAACUGCACAGUUAGCUUUGCAGAAGAUCGCUGUUUAAAGUGGAUUUGCACCAAAACUGACUUUUAGACUUGUUCUGCAUAUAAGCACAUUUUCUCAUAAAAUUCCACUUUGGGGAGUUUAAAACUUUGUUUUAUGCUUCAUUAAGCAUAAAAAUGCGCAAACAGUCAAUUUUGGUGUAACUUCUCUUUAUGAAGUUGACAGACUAGAGGUUAUUUCAACUAAACAUGCGUUAGCUUGAAUCAUCUAUCAACAUAUACGUUAUUACUGCAGCUUGUUUUAGUGCCAUUGGCCACUAAUGUGGCAACAAAGUAUAUUUUGUGGGAUUGAAAUAUGCACCAUUAAUCUUAUCUAAUCCAGCAUUUUGUGCAGCUUUGAGACUGAAAAAAAUCUUUAAUCUCUUACUGGAAUUUAAAAUGCUUUACAUGCAUACUGCUACUCAUAUGUACCAGCUUUCAUUAAUAGUCUGUUACAUCUCCGAAUGAACCGAUAAGAAUUUCAAAAAAUGUUGAGUGAAUUUAAAUGGAAAAAUUAGACUUUAGAGAUCUGAGACAAGACCUGCUCAUGUAUUCAAGACAAAACAACAAUAAAAGCAACAACAUAAAGCCUGUUUUUCCUUGUAACAUCACAAAUUAAAACAUGGCAUGGGAAUAUUUUUGCAAGACUUUAUUGUUUUAACAGUUUGUAUCAUCUCAGUACACUUUAGAUAUCUUCCUAGAACAGAUUUUACUUGUGGACAGGGCAUUGUGUUAGGUUUGUAAAUCUAACAGAGGAAUAUUAAUAUUCACCAAGUUGCCCUGGUUGGACAGAUUGAUUGUCAAGGCCGAGGUAAGGACAAGCUUUCUUACUUAUGUGUAACACACUAAAAUAAUAGGUCUCAGUCUAAGGCACCGUUCUAUUCUACAGUUAGACAAGGUUGAAGAUUAAGAACAGUCACCUCUGCACACAAGCCCUUAAAGAUGCAGCAGGACCUG